AUGUUCGAUUUCGAUGAACUUUCAGGAGAAGAAAGCGAAGCGAAGCAGCAACUGCAACCACAGGAAGUUCAUCAACUGAGUGAAGCCGCGGUCAAAACCCAUGGCUCUGAACCAUCCAAACCAUCGCUGGAGACCUGCGUCAAGGUUUCUCAUGCGAUACACGGCUGGACUAUAGCAGUGUUCUUGCCAGAGAAAGCCCUCUUCAAAGAUUUGAGACAUUCACUAGCCACAUAUUUUCUUCAGGACAGCAAAGUUUCUUCUUUCUCAGGGCAGCUGAUGCAUAAAGAAGGUGGUGUCUAUCGGCCCUACAAAGACAAGGAUGCCAUCGGGUCCACUCGAGAGGUACUGCUUGCCGGAUUUGACGGGGAGCCGCCAGAAAAUGGGUUGGAGAUCCAUGUGGCUGAAGAGGAUUUGAAGGACUGCCAGGACCUCACUGAGGUGGUCCGACCAGCAUCUCUGGAUGGCUUUCUGAUUCUGCAGAAGGAGCUCAAAGCGGGCUUCGCUGAUGAGAGCUUUCAGGAAAAGCUGCGACAACUGCAAGAGCAAUGCGAGCGAAGAGAGCUUGCGAAGACAAAGUUCCUUGCUGAGAGGCAGAAGCUCUUCCUCACAGUUCAGAGCGAAGUCCUGCCAAGAUACGGAUACGAGGGUAGCUCAAAUGGAGUCUACAAAAUGAUGGGCGACAUGAAGCCGUACAUCAAGGAUCCACAGUUCAUAGAGUUGGCAGAUGAGAUCAACUGCUUGUUGGGGAUCAACUACUCUCCAUCAGAGAGCUGGGAGUCCUUGUCAGACAAUUGUCAGAAGCUGAACGAGGAGAAGGUGGGACCGGUGGGACCAGUGGGACCAGUGGGUGCAGGGCGGCGAGGCUAUCCCCAUGAGCUCCGGCCGCCAAUGGGCCUCCUGGGACCAGUCCCAAGCCUCCUCAACGGGAAGCCGCUGAGAGUCAUUGAGCUCUUCGACGACCAAGUCAAGAACAAUCCAUCGGCCAUUGCUUUAGUUGUGCCUGAUGCUGGUAGAAGUUCGAAGGAAAUUUCCUACAAAGAGCUUGGAGCCUAUGUGGACGAGGUAUCAGAAUGCCUCGUGUCAUUGGGAAUUUCCUGCGAUGCUGUUGUGGGCCUCAUGAUGGACCGAUGUGUAGCGCAAGUGAUCGCAGUCUUUGGCACCUUGAAGGCUGGUGCAGCCUUCCUCCCAAUUGACAAUGAUGCCCCUUUAGCGCGGAAGACGUUCUUGCUCCAUGAGAGUGAAGCAGCCGCACUGAUUGCUGUCUCAGGAGAUCAGACUGCCCAUGAUGUCGCAGUUGAGAUGGGCUGCCACUUUCUGUCGUUGCCGGCAAAUGGCGGGAAUGCUUUGAAGCUUCAGCGGCGGCAACGCUCCCGCACACACUCCUUCUCAGAGAGAGAUGAACUUGAGGUCACUGCUGCAGGUGGCAAAGCCGCGGCAUAUCGGCGUCCAGAGGCAGAUGAUAUGGCCCUGCUGAUCUACACUUCCGGCACAACAGGAGCUCCAAAGGGCAUUGUGUAUGACCACGCACACUUGAUGCAUGGCGUCCAUUUCUUUGGAGAGCAAUGUGAAAUGACCUCCAGUUCUGUGGCCUUGCUGAAGUCUCCGUACUUUUGGGCGAUCAUAGAAUGGGAGAUGUUCCCCGCCUUGACACGAGGUGCCAAGCUGGUUGUGGCUUCGGCCAAUGGUCACAAGAGUCCAGAAUAUUUAGCCAAUACCAUUGCAGCAGAGGAGGUCAGUGUGCUGAUGAUUACACCUCAGGUCAUGGACUUGGUCCUGGACGUCCACGACUCGCAAGGCAAUGCUCGGCCCCUUCGCUCGGUGAAACAUAUUGUCACGGUCGGAGAACCUUUGGGCUGUGCAUUGGCCAAUCGAGUCAUGCAGACACGUGGUCUGGAGGCGCAGUUGCACAACUUCUAUGGAGCUUCUGAAAGCUCUUGCACCGUGUACACCGUGCCCAAGACCGGGGUGGACCUAGAGGUUUUCCCAUCCAAGGCACCUUGCGGUCGACCACAGCCUCACUCAGCUGUUUAUGUCAUGCGAGAGGAGGGUGAUCCUGCUGUCCUGGUGCAAGUGGCGAACGGCGAGGCCGGCGAAAUUUGCUUUGGCGGUGUGCUCGCAGCUUGCUACUGGAAACACCCUGAAUUGUCGGAGGAAAAGUGGGUUGAUACCCAGGCCUACGGCCGACUGUACCGCACUGGUGACAGGGGAAAAUGGACAGCCGGUCAACUGGAGGUGAUUGGCCGCGUGGACCGGCAGGUGAAGAUCCGUGGUGUUAGGGUUGAGCCAGAAGAAGUCGAAGCAGUGCUGCGAAGGUUUACUUACACCAAUGAGGAGGACAACCAUUUGGAGUUGGAAUCAGGAACCAGCCAGCGGCCAGCUUUGAAGGAGGUUGCCGUGGUUGCGUCGAGAGAACCUGCCGAAUUGGUAGCUUUUGUCAGCCUCCGAGAAGGCUUACGUGAAGGCAUCACUUCUGAAACGCUCAGAGCACAUUGUCAGGCCAACUUGACUCCUUCCUAUGUUCCAAAGUUCUUUGUGGUUCUUCCGGAGCUUCCAAAGCUGCCAAAUGGCAAGUCGAAUCUGAAGGAGCUGGCGGAAAUGGCCACGAAUCAUGUUGUUGAAGAGGGGGAGGUGGUGAUGGACUCCUUGGGGCAGAUGAAAAAACUUUCCAAGUGGGCGAUCUUCGAAAAUCAGGUCAUUCAUAGAUGCUACGCGUGGUGGAUGAUUGGAGUCCUCACAGACCACUACAUGCGUUGUGCGAUUGACUCGUACUCAAUAGGUGACUCAACCUACUACUGGCCAUUCUGUACUACGCUUGCAAGGAGUUCUGUGAAGCCAUGGACAGAGAUCAUUGUCCGCUCUUUGGGCAACGACCAAGAUCUUUUCGGUUUCAUCAUGCUGGGUGCUUACCAGGACUCAAGACCCGCUCCUGGCGGCAAGCCUCAGGUGAACUUUGGCAUGAAGGAUUUGUUUGUGCUGCUUGUGUACAUGGCAAUGGCUUUGCCGCUCCCGCAGAUCCUCCAUUUCUUCUUCCGGAGCUUUGCUUGGCCAAUCACAUGGGGCACCACUGCUGAAGGUGACAUUAGGCCUCCACCAACAAAUGAGUGGGGCUGGCCUUACAUGCAAGUAAACUCUUACACCUCUGAUCACAGAUGGUACUUGGGCAUGGUCUUUUGCGCCAGGGCCUACUUGGCGAUCUUUGAGCGGCUGCAGGCCCCGGGCUGGCUUCAAGGCAUUCUUGCGACCAUCCCGUGCCUUUUGCCAGAUUCUUCUUUUGAAGGAGUAACAACCCGUCCCUUCACCUUCGAUGUUUGUGCCAAAGACUCAGCCCCAGUCUAUGUGAUGUGGACCUUUUCGUGGAUUUUCCGGAACUUUGGAACUGGAUGUGCCAUGUACAUGCGUUGGGUGUCUUGGUACCUUGCCUUCUACGUGUGGUGCUAUCACUAUCUGAGGCCCACUGUGACUAGUUUAAGCAAACGCCUGCCCAAGGGCAGAACCUGGGCAGCUGCUUCACUAAGUGCCAGCAUGAUGAUUGGGGUGAUGAUGGCAAUGUUCCACUAUCCCAACAAUGUCUUGGAGAAAGGUACAGGGAUGGAGUGGGCUUGGUUGGAGCUCUCCGUUGACAUCAUCCAACCGACUCUGUUUGUGCUCGGUAUGACGUACCUGCCCAUCGACCUCACUUGGUGGGGCAACACCACCUUGGGAGCUUACGUCUUCCACUUCUACUUCAGAGACCAUGUUGCAAACUGGACCAUGGCGAUUUGUAACUACUUGACUUGGGACGAGACAGGUAUUUUGGUGGUUCUUGUUAUUUUCUUGAUGUGUUUGCUCUUCACCACCUUCCUUGGGCCGCUGGGGCACUACAUCCUGCUGUCGCCAGCCCUGUUGUAUGCUCGAGUCCAGCGCAUUCUCUCACGCUGA